GCUCUCGAGGUGCGUGAAGGAGUUCGCGUCACUGUAAACAAACAUGGCUCCGGCGGGGAAGGGAGUCUCGCGGGUCUUGUCCAAAUUAAAGUGCUCGGUGGAGGAGGGGCGCUACUAUGAGGCCCACCAGAUGUACAGGACGCUAUACUUCAGGUAUUGCAGUCAACAGAAGUACGCCGAAGUCCUUGAUCUCUUAUACGAUGGUGCUUCACUCCUCUUAAGACAUGAACAGCAAACCAGUGGAGCGGACUUGGCCUUGUUGAUGCUGGAGGUGCUGGAGAAGUCAAGAACAGAACCCUCGGAGGAGAACAUCACAAGAAUAGCCAGCCUCUUCAGUCUCCUCAGUCAUGGCAGCCCCGAGCGCCAUCAAUACCUCGUGCGUGCCGUCAAGUGGUCAUGUGGGGAGCUACACAAAUUGGGCCACCCGAGACUUCACCAACUCCUCGCCCAAACGCUGUGGAAGGAGAAGAACUACGGGCCCGCACGCUACCAUUACUUGAGGUCAGAGGACGGGGGCGGUUGUGCUCACAUGCUGGUGGAGCUGCACUUGUUGAGAGGCUACCCCUCGGAGAUUGACCUCUUCCUUACCCAGGCGGUCCUCCAGUACCUGUGUCUGCAGAAGAAGGUCGCAGCCUCAGAGGUUUUCGAGACCUACACCAAAAGACAUCCCAACAUCACCAAACAGAGAGGUCCCCCUUUCAUCCUGCCCCUCCUCAACUUCCUCUGGCUCCUCCUCUCCACAAUUGAAAGCGGCAAGGUUGCUUACUUCACCGUUCUGUGCGAGCAAUACCAGCCCAGCCUAAACAGAGAUCCCUCCUACCGAGAGUACCUGGAUCGCAUCGGCCAGCUCUUCUUCAACCUCCCGGCCCCCAAGCCUCAGACCGGGCCGGGCGGAAUAUUUGGUAACCUCCUUCAGGGCCUUCUCGGGGGCGGCCUCGGGGAUGACGACUCCGAGGACGAGGGUCACAUGGGGGCCGCCUCAUCCUCGUCCUCGGCCCAGGCGGCGCCGCUGACCUCCGAGGAGCUGGACUAAUGCAGCUCUGCCAUAGGGUUGUUAAGUGCUUUACCUUUUCACGGCGGCUGAGUGUGCUCUCGGCCGCCCCUGUACAGAGCAGCCGUCUUUUCUAACAGUCCGGAGGCGAUCCUUAUGCAAUGUACAUUACGACGAGACCUUCCACUAAGGCCUUUUGUAUAGACAUUGCACAGGCUUUCUUGAUUUACAUUAUAUUGACUUUUCCUCUCCUUUCUUUCUUUUCUAACUAACCUUAUAUUGACAUUUUUCCUUUUCUUUCCUUCUCCUUCUCCUUCCUAACUAACCUCAACAUUACUAUGAGACCUUCCCUUUUGUAUAGACAUUGCACAGGCUUUCUUGAUUUAUAUUAUAUUGACUCUUUUUCCCCUCCUCUCCUUCUCCUCUCUUCUAGCUAACCUUUUAUUGACAUUUCUCCUUUUCCUUCCUAACUAACCUCAACAUUAUUAUGAAACCUUCCUCUAAGCCCUUUUGUAUAGAUACUGCACAGGAUUUCUUGAUUUACUGUUCACUGGCUUGUUUUCAUUUCUUUCUUCUUGUUUUCCUUUCCCUUUUCUUGUUUUUCCCUCCCCUCUUUCAGUUUUCCAUUCCCUCUUCUCGUUUUCCUUUCCCUCUUCUUGUUUUCCUUUCCCUAUUCUCGUUUUCCUUUCCCUCUUCUUGUUUUCCUUUCCCUCUUCUCGUUUUCCUUUCCCUCUUCUUGUUUUCCUUUCCCUAUUCUCGUUUUCCUUUCCCUCUUCUUGUUUUUCUUUUCCUCGUCUCGUUUUCCUUUCCCUCUUCUUGUUUUCCUUUCCCUUUUCUCAUUUUCCUUUCCCUCUUGUUUUCCUUUCCCUCUUCUUGUUUUCCUUUCCCUUUUCUCAUUUUCCUUUCCCUCUUCUUGUUUUCCUUUCCCUCUUCUUGUUUUCCUUUCCCUCUUCUUGUUUUCCUUUUCCUCGUCUUGUUUUCCUUUCCCUCUUCUUGUUUUUCCUUUCCCUUUUCUCAUUUUCCUUUCCCUCUUCUUGUUUUCCUUUCCCUCUUCUUGUUUUCCUUUCCCUCUUCUUGUUUUCCUUUUCCUCGUCUCGUUUUCCUUUCCCUCUUCUUGUUUUUCCUUUCCAUCUUUUUGUAUUCCUUUCCCUCUUUUAAUUUUCCUUUCCCUUUUCAUUUUUCUCAGCUAUCAUUAGUCCAAAAACCUUCCUCAAUUGUCAUUCGUAUAAACAUUGCACAGAUUUUUCUUGAUAUGCCUUAUUAACACUUCUUCUUUUCCUUCUUUUUGUCCUUCCAUCUUCAAAGUUUUCCCAUUCAUCUCCUUCUCCUCCUUGUCCUUUCUAACUAAUCUCAAGACCCUUCAGCAACAUUUCAACAGAGACCUUCCACUUAAAGCCUUUUGUAUAGACACUGCUUAAGUUUUCUUCAUUUACUGCAUUGAGACUUUUCAUUUCCUUCCUAUUCCCCUUCUCAUCAUUCCCAACUAACCUUAAAAACCUUUCACUAACAUCACCACAGAGACCUUCCACUAAGGCCCCUUUAUAUCAACAUUGCACAGGUUAUCUUGAUUUACCAUAUUACAACUUUUCUUCCUCCUCCUCCUUCUCGUCCCUCCUAACUAACCUCGAGAGCUGUCAGUAACAUUCAAACUUCUUGUCUUGUGUGUGUCCUAUGAAAGACUAUUUAAGGCAGUGUUAAGGAGUAUUUAUGCAUGGAUAUCAUCUGUGCUGUCAGUCAGUCGGUCAGUCAGUCAGUCAUGAUAGUCCCACUAGGCAGAGAGCACUCAUAUUUAUUAUACUUGCUGCCAAUGAGUUCGUCCCUUCAGGCUCAUCCCUUCCCUGGAGAGGUUAUUGAGUGGUUGAUGUAUGUUAGGAGGUCGUGGGUGAUUGGUUGCUAGUGUUGCGUAGAAAAGACAACCUAAGGAACGGUGAGUGUUGAGAGAUAGAAGUUGGUUGGGUAGGAAUAAUAAAUGAACCAAUGAUGUGUGUUAGGAGGUUGUAGCUGAUUGGUUGCUAGUGUUGCAUAGAAAAGACAACCUAAGGAAUGGUGAAUGUUGAGAGGUUGAAGUUAAUUAGCUGGUCAUUUUGGUUGGGUAGGAAAGAUAACCGAACCAAUGAUGUGUGUUAGGAGGUCGUGGGUGAUUGGUUGCUAGCGUUGGGUUGAGAAGAUAACCUAAGUAUGGGUGAGUGUUGAGAGAUUGAAGUUGGUUGGUUGGUCAUUUUGGUUGGGUAGGAAAGAUAACCUGACUAGUGACAUAUGUAAAGGGGUUGCAAUUUUAGUUCAUCAGCUGAGGUUGUUCGUGUUAGGUAGAAAAGACAACCCCAAAAAUUAUGUGUUUCGAGGUUGCAGUGCAUAAUGACUGAGGCUGCAAUUUUUCACAUCAAACAAAGUAAGAAGGUGAGGGAUGGGGGUGAGGUUCAGGGGACAAGACAGUUAAGAUGGCAGUUCAAAUUGAUGCUCUGAAAUAAGAAUGUGAGGGCUACGGUGAGGUUUAAAGGACAAAUUGACUUGAGUUUUUCCUGCCAGUGCUAAAAUAAGAAGGUAAUGAAUAGGGUGAGGUUCAAGAGAUGAGUUGGAGUUUAAACUGAUACUCUGAAAUAAGAAAGUGAGGGAUUGGGGUGAGGUUUAAGGGAUGAGUUGGAGUUUAAAAUGACGCUUUGAAAUAAGAAAGUGAAGGUUGGGAUGAGGUUCAAGGGAUGAGUUGGAGUUUAAAAUGACGCUUUGAAAUAAGAAAGUGAAGGUUGGGGUGAGGUUUAAGGGAUGAGUUGAAGUUUAAACUGACGCUUUGAAAUAAGAAAGUGAGGGAUUGGGUGAGGUUCAAGGGACGUGCAGUUGGCAGCGACUAUAGUAGAGGUUUCUGAAGUUUGUAAAUAGUCCCGAAGACAGAGAUUAUUUAGACACCCUAGAUUUUGCUACCAAGAUCACUGUUGUAUAGAAGUCACUAGGUUUGUUUUGACAGCCAUAUAUUUAUUGUUCUUUUAAGUUUUUUGUAAGACAUGCCAUCCAUCAAACUACUACUACUACUACUACUACCAAACCAAUGCAAGAUAUAAUAACAAACACAAAAACAAACAAAAAAAUUAUAAAACUCCCCUAAUUCCUAAUAUUCCACGCAGGUCAUAAUGUUUGUAAAUUCCUUUUUGGGGGUGUGUGGGGCGCGUUUGACUGUUAGUUUGUACGUGCUUUUCGAAUUAGUACUUGUAUCAGGGGAGGAAAAAAGACCUUGAAAAUUGAGGUUACGGCGAACGAUUACCAGAAUUGUGGCGCCCCUGCUGAAGUGAGGGUAUGGAAUGUGUUUGGGGUGUCUGGGGUGCAUGGAGGCAUUGUCUGGUGUUUACAAGGGGGUGUGGGGAGAAGGGAGGAGGUUGUGGGGUGUCUGGGGAGGGAGUGUAAGGGGGUGUGGGAGGCUACAUGUCAACGCAAAAGAUGUGACACAAGAAUGCUCCCUCUUCCUCUUGAUGGACUCCUCCCCAACAGACUCUUCCUGCCACUCCCCUUCCCCAUCACCCUUCUUUACCUCCCCUCCCUCAUCAAUGCUCCCUCCCAUUUACAUCUUUCACACCUUUCCUACUAUAUCGAUCUUGAGACAUCACUUGCCUCACAUCGACCAACCAUUGAGGCAUCCUUAGGCAACUUUUCAAACUAAAUUUCAAAGACAUUCUGGCAUUACGGUCAAAUUUUUUACACACACGUGCCGAGGAAAAGUACAGAAACAGUUAACUUCAAUCACAAUUUUCUCGUUUUCUUGUGGGUGUCGUGACUUCACAUCAGCAGGGAGAGCCACAUUUUUGAAUCAGGAAAAAAAUGAAGGGAAAAUUGAGAGUACUGUGAGACCUGAUACUUUUUUCCUCUGAUGCAAGUACUUAUGUGAAAGGUGUGUGUAUAAAUUGUUGAACGUACAGUUGGUAAAGAGAGUACCGAACAUCCUUAGGCCGACGGAAUGGAAUCUGAGUGCAAUCUAAGGUGUUGUGUUGGUUAGGUUGGUAUCAGUGGCUUUCCAUUAGUACCAACCUUAUCAUCUGCCCUCCUCCACCUCUCCUUUUUCUUCUCUCUCUCUGCUUCCCUUCCCCACUAAUUUCACUUCUCCUCUCCCUCUUCUCCCCUUUUGGCAUUCCCUUCACUUUCCCAUCUCUUCCUCCCUCAGUUUUUCUUUUUCCUUCUUCCUCUCUCUCUCCUCUUCUUCUCUCUCCAUGCCUAAUCUAACUGUAUGGUCUAUCUUCUCCCAUUCUUGUGGUCUGACUUUCUGUGAUCCUUCUCUAUCUUUCUCGGUCCAGUAUUAAACCUUCCUAUAUUUCAAACACUUCCAUAUCUUGUUGCACUGUUCUUCUUCUGGCAGGGUUUUUUGUUGUUGUUGUUAUUUUUGCCCUUGAGCUGUGUCCCUUACUGUAAAAACUAUCUUACAUACCCCCCAAAAUUAACUAUCACAACAUGUCUAAAGAUUCAUUUCAGAUUCUAUUCAGUCGAGUCAAGGGUGCUAAAUACUUUUUUUGCCGACUGUGCGUAACUCGUGUGUGAUUUACCGGUCCGAAAACGUUUGUGGAAAUGGGAUGUUGAUAUUUUUCCUCUUUUUGUAUCUUGUAAAUGUUUCUAUCCUAGGUAAGGCGACAAAAAGUAAAACAUAUCUGCGUUAUGUUGUGAAUCGGCUGUACAUACUGUAUACUAAAUAAUGCAAACUGAUACUGGUG